AACCGUGAGAAGUUGGUGUGAUCAUUAGAGUAAGGAAUGCAUUGUAAAUAACGUUUGGUAGGUGAUCAGCACUCGCACACCGUGUUGAAUCGCUCAACAUUAACCUACCAAAUUAAUGUUGCCAGCCGUCGGUCCAGUUUACUACCUAUUUUCUAAUCUGAGCCGAAGGCAGUUGCCACUGCAUAGGGUUUUUUCAAUAUUUUGAUAUUUACCUUUUUAUGAAUUUGAAAAAACUCCAGCGGUUCUGUAACGCGUUGUAUGGGCAUCGCUUGUCGUUAACACUGACGCCAGCGGAAUGUGUAGACGAAAUUAAUUGUCUAUGAUAUUUUUCAUCGUUCGCCUACACUGUGAGAGCGGCAUGAAAAUGUUCGUUGAUUAUCAAAACCGUAUUUUAAGGCAGACAUAAACAAUUAGUGAUCUUUGAUAAAUAAAUACUUCUUCAGCGACAUUUUAAUGCUACGACCACACCGCUGCGUCUAGCGUGAAUGCUCGGGCUUGGGUUGCGGCGCGCCUCGGCGCAAGGUCCGCUGGGCGAUCGAAACACCGACAUCUUGUUAGUUCUUAAUAACAUUGAUUAUUUAUUCUUUUGUCUUUUACGAGGGUGAACAAAUAAGCUGAGUAAUAUUUUGAUGAUUUUACAAAAUUUGCAGUUUAAAUCACAGAUAUCGUAUUAAAAUAAUUCAAUGUCACAUAUAAAAAUAAGCAAUUAUUCAUAAUUUAUCACCGAAUGUAAAUUAUUACCUAGCUUUUAGCACUUUUAGAUAACACAGAGAUUCUAUUUAACGAAUGGCCACGCGAAAAAGGUUGAUAUUAAAUAAAAUCAAUUUAAUGGCGUAGUUGGCGUAUAUAGAGUUUACUGUGUGACAUGUCUGUUUAUGUUAAAACGUAACGGGUAUGGCGACUUAACGAAAAACUAAAAAUAAAUUUUGCCGGGUUAUCAUUGCACAGAUAUCCGUACGUUGUAGCAUGAUCAGUUGUUACCCUCGUCAAAGUUGUAAAGAUGUCGUAGUCUCGGUCGUUCGGGCGGCCAUCGGGCGACUAGUUCGUGACGCUACAAGUUGUUGCAGUAACGCCCCCUCUUGGAGCCUACCCUCAACCGCAGCCGCCGCAGGGACCGUUCCUUCCGGCGCCACCUCAUCAGGCAGCACCUCAGUAUGGUGUGGCAGGCGGAUCACCGUACAGCGUUGCGUUCGGCGGCGCUGGCGCGGGUGCCGGUGGCGUGUAUGCGCCCCCGCCCUACGACCAGCUGCAACACCACCAGGCCAUACCAGCGUUAAGCCAACAGUUGCCCAUGUAUAGCCCCGCGGCGGCCAUGUAUGCGGCUGCAGCUGGAUACCCCGGAUAUAUCGGCUACCCGGUACAAUACUACCCGUACUAUCCGACUGCAGUUCAGCCCUCGAUACAGCCUCUGCGUCCCACUAUCAUGAUACCGCAGAACGGUUUCGAGGCGAGCGGUCGGUUCGAGGGCCUGGCGCAGACGCUGCUGCCGCCUGCGCCGCCCGGUGUGCCGCCCUCUCCCGCACACCUCGCCGCGCUGCAGCCGCACCAAGUGCUGUGGCGUUAAGCUAUAUUGCGUAUCUACUACCACGCCGCACCGACGACGGCACCGUAUCGCGCUGACACCGACAGUGUAGCGAAUAGCAACCAAACAAACAUCUUUACAAACAAGAGCAACUCUUCCGUUGAACUGUUGUCUACUGAAUGGCUUAAGGUAUCUUGAUACCUGGUUUUUUGUUUUCUCAUGUUGUUUUUUAUUGUACAAAAAAAAUUAUGUUGAUAAAUAAUGAUUUUUUAUAUAUACGCGAUAACUACACAUGAAAUAAAACAAAUUUUAUACGGAUUUUAUCGUGUUUAAUUUUAACUUUUUUAAUUCCCGAUGCUUCGGGCACUACAUAUGUCACCAUGGUCAUAGGUGGCAUUGUGGUGUUUGACAUCCUGAUGUCAUAGUUAACGAUGACUACCCUCAACUAUGACACCACUGGUGUGACCAUGGGUGUCCGAAACAUCGGGAAUUAAAAAAAUUAAAGAUAUACGCGACAAAAUAAGUAUGAAAUUAGUUUUAUUUCAUAUAUUGACAAAGUUCAUAUAAAACAGGGUUAGAGAGGAUUAUUAUUCAGAGCUUUGUUUAUGAUAAACAAAGUACAGUUAGUUACUAAAUUUUAUUCCAAUUUACUACUUCUCUAGGGCAGAGAAGCUCACAGUUGGGCUUGUAUCAGUCAUCCUCUCUGUUAUUGGUCAUGUAUCCAGGCAGUCAUCAAUAAACAGUUAAUAUCCAAGUAAUUAUAGUUUUAGAUGUUUGUGAUAUUGCUUCGAUUUUACGUCGUCUGUCGGUGGAUAUCAGCUUAGACCGUUAUAAAUUUGACUGUGAUGUCUUAUUUUUACUAGUUUUAAUGUUUGCCACUUAGUUUGAACGACUUUGAACGUGAAACGUUUAAACAACUGCUCUCUAUGUUUUCUUAAGGACUGUGACACAGUACCUAUGAAAUGCUAUUUUCAAACCUUUAUUAUAUACAAACCGGUUUGUGAUUAAAAACUGUACAAAAUCAUUCAUUCAUCAUUUAUUUUACCGGGAAAAGUGAGUUGAUUAUAAAAUUUUAUUCAGAGGUAGCUAUGAUAUCCAGAUAGGUAUAUUUUUAUGAAUGUUAUUUGACAAUUUAUACCAUGGAAUAAUUCUUAUAAUGUGCAAAAUACAUAAUCAGUAAGAUAGUACUUUCCCUGGAAUGGAGUGAAAUCUAGGCUUUACCUAUUACAUACUACAGAAUUUCCCAACAUUAAAAAAAAUAUAGCAGUGUUAUUAAUACAACAAACACUCCGGUUAACUUAGCUUAAAAUAAUUGUGCUAGUAGUGGCUCACGACAGUAGUAGUCGAAUAGCGGAUUCGAACUUUCGACAUUCGAUUUUAACCCUUAGGCUACUGUCGUAUUUUAACUUCGCCGAUAAUUUGGGUAAUAUUUCCCUGGCAUUAAUUGCAUUGUAAAGUAGUAUAGAGCAGAUAGGUCGCAAUAGUAUUUUAGAUAAUUGAGGGGCAAACAUAAAAACCCGGUAAACGGAUGUAUGACGCCACGAGCUGUCAAUAUGUCGAUAUAGUAUUAUAGUGGCUGCAUAUACGCGGUCGCUUGUGCGACUAGACUAGCCAGGGUUGUUUUGUGCUGGCCAUGUGUCUUAGAAAACUCCAUAAUUAAUUUGUAUUAACAAAGUUCAAGCUUAGACAAAAAGAAAAUAAUGUUAGGGUUUCGUUCAUUACAGAAUUUUGUGCCAAUUGUUGUUGAGUUUUUUUUUAUAUGUUACGACAUUUUAAAGGUUAUUAAAGGUAAUCACUAAAAUAUAUCAUAUAAAUCAAAAUAUACACACGAAAGGAGUUAUAUUCCAACCUGAAAUUUUAAAUACACGGACAGCACAAACCAACUGCAAAUUUAGUUACAUAAUUGAAGAAAUUUAAACAAUGAGGUUGUGCGUGACACGUGCGAGUGAGUGUUUGUUGUGCGAGCGAGAGAGCGAAUGUUGUUUAUUUACUGUUUGAUUGUCCUUAGAUGUUUUGAAAUGGAGUUGAUAUGAGGGUAGUUUACACUAUGAUUUGAUAUGACAUAGUUAUAUAAAUGGGUAAAAACUAAGUGCAUAUUCUGCAUCUUUAUCUUCUAGAAGAACUUUUCUCGAAGACUGCUACUGUUGGUGGGAAGAGAGUAUGUUUUGUAGUUAAUAAUUUUAUAUCAACCUAACUUACCUCAUACUGUAAAAUGCUCCAUAUCACUUUGUAAACACGAGAUACAUGUAAUUUCUUUUGAAGCUUGGGUGAACAAUAACCUCUAAAAAGAAAUGAGAAAGUAAGAGAGAUGGGUAUAUAAGAAUCUCAGGUGUGCUUUAUUAUUAUAUAAUAAUUGCCUAAUUUCAUGCAAUAUAUUUUGUGGACACACGGCAACAAUACCAAUACCAAAAGCAAGUUCACAAUUGCUAAGUUGAAGGAUCAGAGGCUUGGAUUGAAAAAAAAACAAGUAAUAAAAUGAACUACUCGAUGAAUGGAUAUAUUUAACUCAAAAAAUGUUUUAACCUAAUUCAAAAUUCAUCUACGUGUUAUAAAGUUAAUUGUUAAGUUACGUACAUUAUAUUUGGCAAAUUUAAAAUCGUGUAGUCUUGUAUGUUGGCCUGGACGUAAAGGUUGAGAGUUUGUUGUCACUGUUGGCAUUAUUUAUAUGUAUUGCGCACAUGAUUGUUUUAAUUGAAUACAAUAAUUGUCAAAGCGACCUUGUUUUUUUGUUGGCUAUUCUGUCAUUUGAGACUCUAUUUCAGUUAUCUUUAUGGAACUGCAAAAGUUUGUGUACACUGUGUCAUAUUAUUAAGAAAAUUAAUAGUUUCUUAUUUGAAAUUUAUGCAUCAAAAACAAGUUACUUAGUUUUCCUUGUUUUGGUAGUUUUUUGUUGUUAAUUUUUUUUAAAUUCCGGACGACGUAAAGCAUAAUAAAACGGAGAGUCAAGACAAUGACAGAAUUUAAAUUGAUUUAAUGGAGUUUUGAAUAUCGUUUUCUUCGUCUAGAGCGACGUUGAAUAUUAUGUUGCGCUGAAUCGGUAGUUCUACCGAAAUCUACUGUAAAGGCAUUUAAUUGUAAAUGUUGUAAUUUAUAUAUAUAAAGGCAAAUAAAAAAAAAAACUGAUAUGCAACAACCUGUCAAUGUCAGUUAGGUAGCUGUCAAGUGUGUGCAGUUAUAUUUUGCUAAAACUGAAAAAAGGUUUUAAAUAUAGCAUGUGUCGAACGAAAUUUCAAUAAGAUUCAAUUCAUAUGUGUUGCAUACCUAGUCACACUAGAAUAUUCCGAAAGCCUUUAAACAGAGCGAAUGCCGUGUCCGUCCGCUUUUGACGUACAUUGUGACAGUGUUGCCAUUUGUACCUUUUUAUUAUUAUUCCUUUUUACUAGAUUAUAUAUACGAGCCUUUUGAUUAUACCACAUUUUGUUUGUUAAUUCAAUCAUGUUGUUAAGACUGGAAAUGAAAUGAAAACUCAACGAAGCGAGAUUCGUUAUACUUCCACUUACUCUAAGGUCUUACAAGAUUUAAAUUUGGGUAGUAAAUGUAUGCUGACAUAGAAAUAUAUUAAGUGUAGGUACCAAUUUGUUGUGUAAUAACACGGGAGCUUUGCAGCCCCACUAUUGCAGUAAUUUUCAGUAAAGCAACUUAUAUUUUUAAACAUUAAAAUUCUUCCUUCAACUCACAUGAAUGCUACUCAAGCUGCGCACAAUGAUAUCAUCAUUAUCAAAUUAAAAAUACGGUGGCCUCAAAUUGAUUGCCAUGAACAUUUAAGUUUUAUUUUAAAUAUUUGUUGAAUUAUGUGAUUGUUAUAGUGUUACCACAAACACAUUAGGUGCCUUUGCUGAUAUAUAUUUAAAUGUUAUAUUUGAAGUAAUUUAUGACUUUAUUUUGCGAAUCGACUCGGUUGUAUAUUUCCCCCCACCCAAGUUGAAAGGGACCAUAGUGUAAGUGUAUUUCCGUUGUGUUCAAAACCCAGGCGCUACAAUGUAUUACGAAAAUGUCGCAAAAUGUAAAUUAAGAUAAUUUUAUUUAAUUAUAGCAUCAGUUGAAUAUUUUUGUUAUACACCGUAUUUUGUAAUCUGUAGGAGCGUUUUGACAGUAGUUUGACAAUUGGUAAAAUAUGAAUAUUCAUGUUAAAGUAGCCUAGUGAUCUUUGGCAACAAUUGAGAACUGUAUAUAUAAAUGAAUGUCUAAAAUUCUGUUUAAACGCUCACUAUGGUUUGCUCUAGGAAAAUUGAAUUCAGUAAAAUUGUUUAAAAUAAGCAAUUGUAAAUGAAAUAUUUAAUAAUUACCAAUUAUUUGUUUGGUUUAAGGAUGCCAUGACACUUCUACGUUAAAUAUUUUUUGCCCAAAUACUCAAACGCUACUACAUUUUAAGAUGCCGUUAAGUAUUGUGCUGUCUCUAUCACUUUAAGUCAAAGAAACUGUGACACCACGACACUUAACACUCACUUAAAUCUUAACACUCACUGUCCCGUGACCCACAUAUAGGUCUUUGCUACCGUCUUACUAUUGUACCUGGACACCGAACAGUGAGUAUUUAAAACUGAGUAGCGUUUGGGUAUUUGACCAUUUGCGUAUCAUUUGAAAAUUUAGAAAAUAAAUGAAAUAAGAAAUUUUAGAUGAAAGGGUUUCUAUUUCAUCUAUUUUGUCAUGUAAUAAAACAUAUCUCACUUUUGUUUAAUCUGUAAACCUUUUAAUCUAUGCUCCAAAUCUGUGCCGGUACAAUUUUACAAGCCUGUUAACUGCUAACAUUCCUGUGUUGUUUGCUGUUUGAGCCCGAUUGGUUGACAGGUUACCACUCCGAUGUUGUGACACUCCGAAGCACAAUUUUGUCUGUGUAAAUGAAAAUAUAUCGAGGUCGUCCAUUACCACGUGGGGCUUUGUUAUCUGUACUGUGCUGUUCAUGACUAAGCUGUGUUAAGUUAUUACAACUUACAUAAUCACAGCCGUGCGUGGUUUCGGAUCACUUCGCCGUGUUCAGUUGAGUUGACAUAUUGUAAGUGUAAGUGGGUUUUGCUCAAACGUGUGUGAAUCUAGCGACUUCGAGUCACGUGCAAUAUAUAGCAUAAUUAUUAUUUUGUUUCCAAUAAAAUUUCGUAAAAUUCC